GCCACCUGCCAGUCAGAACAGGACAACGGGCCAAUGCAGCCGGGCAGUGCAGCGCUGGAUCCGUGGCGGCCACGCGCCUUUGCCGUCACCCAAGGUGACGCCUCUGUCCUUGUCGAUGACAAGCAGCUCGACUUGCCAGUUGACAACGCCGUCGCCGCCAGCCUCGUGGCUCGCUUUGGCAACAGAGUGUCCUCAGCACACAUCGACGCGACGUUGGCGCAGGGUCUGAAGAGCGUGCAGCGGUUUGUCAAAGGCGUGCUCGUGCCGGAAGGGCCGUUCACGCUCGCGCUGUCGCAAUUAGCGCUGGACACUCUCGGCGGCGACAACACGUUGUCCUUCACGCCUCUCGACAGUAGCCCACCGGGUACGUUUGGCCGACUGCUUUUCGUCUUGCCGUCAGACUACGACGGUGGCAAGGUUUGCGUCGACCACCAAGAUGUCGACCUCGCUCCGCACAGGAUUCUUGCACUGUAUAAUGCCACGUCACUGACUACCGCGCCGGUCACCCGCGGCUACCGCGCCAUCCUCGUCUACCACCUCAUCUACACGAGUCCGACGGCCCACGUCCGCUGCGCACCCGCUUCUGACGCCGAUGCCCUCGACGCGUGGCUCUGCGCCGCAGCCAGCGCCAACUCGCCGGCGUGGCUCUACGCCUACGCGCUCCGAGGGCCCAUUUCAAAUCUCGCCUUUAACGCGCUCUGUCCCGCCGACCUGCGCCUCGUUCGUGACGUGGCAGCGUCCGGGCGCUUUGACGUAUGUCUUGCGCACCUACGUGACGGCGUCUACGACGAGUGGAAGAUACUCUCCGAGAUCGCACCGUACCCAUGGUGUGGGCUAUCGACGGCCGCCGCCGUUGGUCUCAUCGGCCAAGACGUGUGUACCUCAAUGUCAACCUGUCUUGUCGUGUGGCGAACGACGUCCCGCUUGCACUUUGCGAGCGUCGAUGCCGCCCUUUCCGCUCUGGAAGCUGCAGUGAACGAUGCACCGGUGUGGGGGUACGUGUCGCGCAAGGCACUGGCCGCCGCUGUCAUCUCAACCUACGCGGUCGUCGCCACUUCGUCGAUGGACCGCGCGCGCUUGACGGCCACCCUCUCGCAGCUCGACGAUGUCGGCCUCGUUCAGAGCUUCUUGGGACGGUAUUGGCACACGCACCUGACGCCGGUCGCCACCGUCGCUCCCUGGAUCCACGCGCAGCUGGUUCGGUUUGGCUGGACGUCGCUGGCCGAGAGCCUUAGCGUGUUUGUCUACCAUGCGCGUAGCGUUGGGGCACCGGCUUUUGUCGCUAGCCUCGCCGGGCUUGGCGACCUCUGCCCGGCCCUCGACGCUCCAAAAUCGCUCGAGCUCCUCAAACAACUCUACCACAAGCUCCUUAGCACAUGUGACGUGUGGCGCCACGACGUUGCAACCCAAGUCGAUACGGUCGCGUAUCUGAUCAUGCUCGAGAUGCACUUGGACCGUGCGCACGAGAGCGGGCACUGGCUGGCGCAUCGUCUGCCGCCCCACGCCACGGCGUGCAUUGACGCCUACCUCGCGCGCACCGCGACCCUCUCAACUGUACUCACGAAGCUGCCACGCUUCGAGGUUGUUGUCCCAGCUCUCGUGCUGGCACAGGACCGAGCGCCGCAGCUCAUGCUCGGCCAUGACGUCGCCCGCUACACUGCGCUGCUGGCGAAAAUACCGGCAUCGAUCGCACCCGAGGAGAGCGGCGACCACGAGCUCGUGGCGGCUACGAUUGCGCACCUGCGCUGGCACCAUCUGAACGUCAAAGCUCUCGAGGCGUGCAUGGCCAAGGCGUCGUUCCUCGCGAUCCCAGCGUUUCUGUGGUUUGCACGCGAGCACCGUUUGGUACAAGGGGACUCGGAGAUCUCACUCCUCGCCGCCGGGAUCGCCCACGUCGUCGCGCAGCACAGCUGGUCGGAGCACCGGAUUGCGCAAGCGAGACUCUAUUACCACUCGCUUAAUGUCGAGGCGUCGGUCGCGGUCGAUGCGUUUACGUUCUUUGCGCAUUUUGCACCAAGCGAGAUGCGCGCCUUCGCCCAGACGUGGCUGAGUAGCACGACCUCGUACCGCCCGAUCUACCAUCUUCUCAAGGACCACAGCGACGUCCUGCGACGCCACACCAGCAGCAGUGUCUAUGCGGACGUGGUGCAAGCUGGCAUCGACCGCAUGCACCAAGGACGCUUGCAGCCGGAUGCCAUAGGUCGCUCGGCCGCCGAGGCGAUGGCGUACUUUCUGCAGUGCCACAACGACGUAGCCGGCGUCAGUGUGAAUGGCCGUGCGACGUCUACCUAGCUAGUGACGAUAUCUUCCACAAGUACUCAACCGUACUAGUAUAAGCUUGUUCAC